AUGAAGCUUGCUAUCUUACUCAUUUUCUUCUUUAUCGGACCGGGAGUGAUCUCUCAAGACGAAGCGUCGAUGGUUGAGAUAUAUGCAAAAGUGGCAUCUGAAGUUCCAUCAACUCGAGGAUCUCUGAUUCCUCCAGCGACUUGUGUAACUAACUGUUUGAACAACACCUACUGUAUUUUGGCGUAUAUGGAUACAGAGGGAUACUGUUUGAACUAUAAUUACUCUGACUUCAACACGACUUUUGAAAUUGUGACAACCUUGAAUACUGAUGGAUUUUCAGUUGCAGUCAAAAUCAACAAAGUUACAUGCCCAAAAUCGUACACUGAGCUAGAAUUCACUUAUGUGGACAGCAGAAAUGACGUUAAUUACCCUUUCCAAUGGACCAAAACUGAGACAGGAUGGACUCUGCUCAACCCUUGUCCAGAACCAGGGAAAAUAUUUAGAAGAUCUGAAACAGUUGUUGUUUGUCUCCAAAUCUAUUCACUAACUGGAAAAAUUCAAUCGGAAGCAAGCGCCUUCUGCGAAUCGCAAGGAAAGAAAAUGAGCGGAAUUGCAAAUGCAAAUGAGAAAUCUGUUUUAACAAACGGACCUGCUGGGACUAUGUGGGUGGAUGGAACAACUACUUGCCAAUCGAAAUGCAAGGCAGCAGAUUACACAUUUACUGACGGAUAUACAAAUACCACGGAAAUGGAUCCUAAUCAGAAUGGACAGGUUAGAGCAUACUGUCUAACCAUUGGUGCAGGAUCAUUUUGGGUUCAAGACUGUUCAAACACUGAUUCUAUUGGAGUCGUGUGUGGAUCUCGACUGCCGUAG